AUGCCCCGUGAGAAAGGUGAAAAUAAAGGCCAGGAAGCUCCUCAUGUCAGAGCCAAGACCCAUGCCACGCAAAAGGCCUCCCACAGCGAGAUGGGUCCUACCGAACUUUUAAGUGAACACAUGGACGCUUCUGGCAACCCAGUUCCCGAUCCAAGACCUCUCCGAGAUGAUGAUACCGACUUGGUCGAAGCUAUGACAGCGGACACUUCAGACUUCGAAGAGUAA